AAUAAGUUUUUUGAAAAGUCUCUGUCUUUACGGAAAUUUAUAAUCCAUCAUGGAAGAGUUUCAAGUGUGGUAACUGUUUACUUUGUGGGGGAAAUGCAGGAUGCCCUGGCAGUGUGCAUAUAAACAGCAUUAACUUAGGUAAGUCUUGGAAGGCUUUGUAGAAGAUGUGAUGUCUAAACUGAGAUUUAAAGGAAUUUAGUCAGGGAGAAGAGUGAGAUGGGAGAGAGUUGUUCCAGAGAGGGAAGCAUAUGUUAAAAUACCUGGCAGUGAGACUUGGACAUAUUGUAGAAACUUAACUAAGUUCACUGUGAUUGAAGCUUUGAGUAUUGGGGUGGCAGAUGGUAAGAAAAGACGUUGGAGAAUUAAGGGCCAAAUCGUGCAACAUCUUGUUAGCUAUGUUAAAGAGUUUGGACUUUAUCUCACAGGCAGUGAUGAGCCAUUGAAGAAUUGUCAUAGGAAUAACUUAAUCAGAUUUGCAUUAAGAAAGGUUGCUGUUUAAUAUAAAAAAUGAAUUGGAGGAACAACAAGAUUGGAAGCAAGGAGACCUCUUGUGAGGUUGCUGAAAUUAUCUACUUGAGAAUUGUUUGUGGCCCAUAAUACUGCAGUAUUGAGGAUGGAGAGAAGCACAUGGCUUUGAGAUGUUAAAGAAGUAGAAUAGGUACCAGGUACUGCAGAGAAUGCCCGAUCGUGUGUCCGAGCUUAUUUUUCUGAUCUGCAUGAAACUCUGUGUCGUCAAGAAGAAAUGGCUCUAAGUGUUGUUGAUGCUCAUGUUCGAGAAAAAUUGAUUUGGCUUAGGCAGCAACAAGAAGAUAUGACUAUUUUGUUAUCUCAGGUUUCAACAGCCUGUCUCCAUUGUGAAAAGACUUUGCAACAGGAUGAUUGUAGAGUUGUUUUGGCAAAACAAGAAAUUACAAGGUUACUGGAAGCAUUGCAAAAGCAGCAGCAGCAGUUUACAGAAAUUGCAGAUCACAUUCAGUUGGAUGCCAGCAUCCCUGUCACUUUUACAAAGGACAAUAGAGUUCACAUUGGACCCAAAAUGGAAAUUCGAGUUGUUACAUUAGGAUUAGAUGGUGCUGGAAAAACUACUAUUUUGUUUAAAUUAAAACAGGAUGAGUUUAUGCAGCCUAUUCCAACAAUUGGUUUUAAUGUGGAAACUGUAGAAUAUAAAAAUCUAAAGUUCACCAUUUGGGAUGUAGGUGGAAAACACAAAUUAAGACCAUUGUGGAAACAUUAUUACCUUAAUACUCAAGCUGUUGUGUUUGUUGUUGAUAGCAGUCAUAGAGACAGAGUUAGUGAAGCACACAGUGAACUCGCAAAGUUGUUAACAGAAAAAGAACUCCGAGAUGCCUUACUCCUGAUUUUUGCUAACAAACAGGAUGUUGCUGGAGCUCUGUCAGUAGAAGAAAUCACUGAGCUUCUUAGUCUCCAUAAAUUGUGCUGUGGCCGAAGCUGGUAUAUUCAGGGCUGUGAUGCUCGAAGUGGUAUGGGACUGUAUGAAGGAUUGGACUGGCUCUCACGCCAACUUGUGGCUGCUGGAGUGUUGGACGUUGCCUGAUUUUAAAUGUAGCAGUUGUUUAAAGUUUUGUGGUUAAAGAGUUAUUUUGCACAUAAUAUGAUGUAAGAAAUUCUACAUCUGAAAGUAAAUUUACAAUGUAUAUAUUAAUAUAAAAGGAAUCUUGGAUUGGGAAUUCAGUACAAUAUUACUUUUAAAAACUAGUAAAAUUUAAAUAGCUGAUUGAGCAGAUUAAAUUGGAUUAAACAGGGAUUUACUGGGUAUAUAUUUUUUUUAAACAUACAUUUGUUAAGUUUUUCAGAUUACACGUGUACACACAGAUUAUUUAGCACACACACGUGCACGUUCUACUUACUGUUGGUACUACUGUUAUGAAAAACUGGGAUCCAUUAGUAUUCAGUCCAGCAUUGGGAAGUAAGUAGUCACAGUGAAAGAGCAGGUGAAGGUUUAUUCACUCAAGGAAGAAUAGCCAACCAAGUGUCUAGUGAACCAGAGGUUCUGUUGAACCUCUGUAUGAAGUGAAGCAUGGCUUCUUAACUUGCCUUUUCACUGGAUUUUGGCAGUAUUCAGUAGCAAAAAAGGCAAUGACUUAAUGAAAUAAAAUCCAAACUGCAUCUUUGGGUAAUAGGAUUACUUUAAUGUUCAGUAUAACAGAACAUCUAAUGCUAAGAACUAUAAGCUAUAGAAGAUUAAUAUUUUAUACAGUAUUUUAUUAAAGCUCUCUUAAAGCCUUUUGUAUAAAACCCGAUGAGUUAGACUGAAAUGUAAUCCUACUAGGCCUGAUACCAGAUUAGUACUACACUGAAGAACAAUUAAUAAAAAACUGAAAGUCAGUUAUAUUCUAGUUGAUCUUCACUUGUGAAAAGACUGAUUUGCAGAGCUGAACCUGGAUAUAUUAUUUCCAAGGUCAGAGUUCUAAAUUCGUCCUUCUAUUUUUCAAUAUAAAGUACCUAGUAGUGUGUUUUUUAAAAAUAAUAUUGCAUCUUUAAGGAGAAUGACUAUAGGUAAAAUGUAGUAAGUUACACACAGAAGCCAGUGUUGGUCUUACAUAAAAGGUAGAGAUCUAAGUAGAAAUUACCUCUACCUCAAGAGAAGUUAUUUAAGCAGUAGAAAUGAUUACCUUAAAAUGUUUUCCCAAAAUAAGUGCAUUUAUUUAAACAAUGUGAUCAAGGGUUUUCAUGACAAGGCCUUAAGAGGUUUUUUGAGAGAAACAUGUCUACGAAAGGAAAAGAAGAAAUGUGUAAAAAAUUUAUAUCACAUUUAUUACAGGGUUGUGAGUAAAAAAAUUAAAGUGUGCGCUCUUUACUGUUUUUCAUUUUUUAAGGAAACUCCCUUAUGGCAGUCUAAUUUUAUAUUUAAAAAUACCUAGAUUUGGUUUUAUAGGUUUUUUUUUUUAAAUGCUCUGUAUACUUUAGAUGAAGUGUUUCCCAGGGGGCUCUUUCAUAAAGAAUCUAUAUGCCAUCGUAGGAGACACGGGUUCAGUCCCUGGAUUGGGAAGAUCCCCUGGAGAUGGGAAUGGCAGCCCACUCCAGUGGUCUUGCCUGGAGAAUCCCAUGGACAGAGGAGCCUGGUGGGCUACUGUCCAUGGGGUCACAAAGAGUCAGGCAUGACUGAGCACAUACUUUAGGAUGAAGUUAAAUCCUUAUGAUGGCUGAUGACAAGAUGUGACUUCUGGGUAGCACUGUUUUGGUUCAGUCUCUUCAAAUAUAAUUCGUUUAAAAACAACAAAACUUUUAGAAAACAAAGCAUUAAAAGUCUGUCAGUUAUGGGCAGUGUGUAAAUAAGUAAAUGUAAUAUUUCAUCCUUUAUUUUUCAAGUAAAAGGUCAUGCUGUUACAAGUGUAGUUUGUGCAUAUAAUACUUCUGAAUUAAAUUAAUAUUUGAUUGCAGUAACUGUGAAAAAUAAAAGUGUUACAUUUGCCUGUGAUCCCUUGAACUGUUUUGUCUACUAGGUAAUUCAAAAACAGUCUAACACUAAUGUGUAAACUUGCUUUCUUCUGUAAAUUUAUUUUACCUGUUUUGCUUGACUUUUAAAUCACAUUCCUAGCAUAUUUCUACAACAAUUUAAAAAUUGUGCUUAGACCUGAUUAUAAUGUAUCUAGUAGUAGUAUUUAUUUUUUCAAGAAGUUUUUUUCAGGCUCUUAUUUUUAUCUCUGGUUGUACUUUCACUAAUUAUUAGCAAGACUGCGCUAGUUCCCUCUGGGAAAUGUCAAACUUCAGAGGUUUUAAAUACAGUCUAUUUGGAUUUGCCUCCUGGCACUGAAUUUCUGUAUUAAGCUAAAUACUAUUGUAUAGUUUAUGUCAAGCAGGUUUUUCAAGUGUAUAGUCUUGGGUCUAUAAUUCUGGAAUGCUUUAUAAUCACCAUAAGCCAUUAUUUACAUUAUACAAAUCAUCAGUAUGGAUAGCAAUAAAAUGUUAAGAUCACUUUAAAGAAAUCCUAUCAUCUUUCUAAAAAUUCUUGAAUCAUCCUGAAUCAUCUAUAUAGUAGUAUUGCUAGUAACCAAUUAAAGUCAUAUUUGUGCUGUGGUUAAGAGAAACAAAACAAAAUGGGAUAGGGAUUGAAUGUCAAAUUGAGAUCGUUUAUUAAAAAUUUAGAAAUGUUAUUUUUUAUUUGCAAUUUAAGUCACAUUUAAAUGUAUAUUAAAACUGUAGUGUUUUUUAAAGGAGAGCUAAAAUUCUGCACUGACUAAAGUGAAAUAAUUGCUUUAAAAAUUUUAAAUUUAACUUGUUUCACACAGAAUAUCAUAUUUUAAAUAGCUGUUUUCAGAAAAGGCCUUGGGAAACCUCGUUAUAUCCUGAGCUAAUAUUGCUAAAAGAAAGACUUUUUAUGUAACACUGAGAUACUUCUCAAUUUGCAAGGAGGUAAUAAGGAAGAAAAUAGCUAUACUUUUCCCUAUAAAGAGUAAUAAAUGAAAAGAAGUAAUGAGUAAGUAUUAGUAUCUUGCUAAUAGUUUAAAACAUGCUUCAAAAUAGACAUAUGAAUAAAUGAAAAGGACUAAUGAGUAAGUAUCAGUAUCUUGCUAAUAGUUUAAAACAUGCUUUAAAAUAGACAUAUGGCAAUGUAUGUUUUUUAGGUCUGAUUAUGGUAAAUUUGUGACAUGGAAUGGAAAAAUUCAUUAAUCAAACAUGAUUUCCCUCAAAGCAAAAAUAAUUGUAUUUUGGGGAGGAUGAGGCAUCACCACCACCACUUGUUGGCAGUUAUUACCCAAAAUUUAGGAUUAAGCUUUUAUGAAUGAAUUGAUAGAUAAGUCUAAACACCUAAAAUUAGGGAAAAAAAGAUAAAUGUUAUAGUGCAAAGUGUCAUUUUGUGUCCCGGUUUUAGUUCUUUUUACAAGGAGGACACAAUAUUACAGUUACGGCAUGUUCUUCCAUCAGUUUGUGGUACACAAUGGGUAAAGGAAAUAUUCCUGCCGAUCAGUAGAAGGAAAAGUACAAGCUUAGAUAUAAAGCAUGAGAAUGUGAAUUUCCUAAACAGGUCUGUUGAACAUGUACCUCCUGUAAGUCCUUAAAGAGUUUAUUUGGAAAGUAGAAGCAGUGAUUCUGAAUAGUUAUGGAGUAAUUUAUGAGGGUGAAUGAAGAAAUCAGUUUACGACUUAAUCUCAUAUUGCUCUAAUUUCUACUAAUCUUUCCCUUGUUAGAUGUUAACAGUUUUACUCAUACUUAGUUUUUUUGAUGAUAUAUUUUGUAAGAUGAGAUACUAUAACCUGAAGACAAAAAUUGUUUAGCUACAUUAGAAAAAUGAUGUGAAAAUAGUAAAUGAACUAUUAUAUAAAACCAUGGACUCAGGUAUUCAUUUAUUCUGAUUCUUUUAUUUGAAGAAUAUUUCGUAACUAUUCAGGAAUUUAACACUUUUGACCAGAGGAACUCCCUAUUUAUUGAAGUUUUGCUUACUACUUACUUAGACUCUUGAGAGUCCCUUGGACUGCAAGGAGAUCAAA